CUCACUCUCUCUCAGUAACCGUCGUCGUUUUCCCUCCGCCACCGCGGCCUCCGCCGUAGACUCUGAACCUUGCCACCGUUCGGCGGCAACGGCAAUGGAAACAGAGAAGCGCUCUCACGAUGCUCCUCAUGAAGAGGAUGCUGAUGCUGAUGCUGAUGCUCUGACUAUGAUCAUGGACAACUACAACGGUGGAAGUGAACCUGAAUCUGAUGGAAGCAAUUCAUCUAGCAGUGAGGAGGAGCCCGAGGACGAAUAUAUGCUUUUAGACUUGUCAGAUCUACACCAGCAAUUUCAAUGUGCUAUCUGCCUAGGCAUCAUUCGAAAGACAAGAACUGUAAUGGAAUGCCUGCAUCGCUUUUGCAAAGACUGCAUUGACAAAUCCAUGCGCCUAGGUAACAAUGAAUGCCCAACUUGCCGUACACAUUGUCCUAGCCGACGCUCACUGAGAGAUGACCCAAACUUUGAUGCCUUGAUUGCUGCUGUGUAUCCAGAUCUUGAAGAGUAUGAGCAAGAGGAAUUGGCGUUGCAUGAAGAUGAAAUGACUCACAACAAGAAGAUCCAAGCUUCCAUUGCCCAGACUCUGAAACGGCAAACAGAAGCAUUGGGUAAGAAACGGAAGAGGAGUCGGAGAAACUCCAGAAAUGCUGAUGACCUUCCUGAAUCCAAUGACAAUGAGAAUAUGAAUGAUAGUGAUGUGGGAAAGGACUCAUCUUCUGUUGAUGAGCGGACAGAAACUGAGCCAAGAACAUGCAACACUUUUGGAGAACAAGAAUCACAAUUUCCUCAGAAUUCUGCUUCUACUGAUCCAGAUGGAGCUGGUGGUGAAAAUAUUCAAGAAGUGAGUAUAGAAAUCAGUGCAUCUAGUACACCUGCCUGGGGAACAAAUGCUCCACAGAGUCACCCUCGAGUCGGGGGUAAGAGUCCCAGAAGCAGUCGCCUCGCCAGUUUGGUUGAUCAUCUUGGAAACUCGUCUGGAAAUAAUGACGAGGAGGUGUCUGUCUUUCUCAAGCUUGACUCUUUGGAUGAGCAAACAGUGCCAAGUUUGGAGAAGCCAUACCUUGUAUGCAAGAACCCUUCCAUGUCAGUCAAGAUGCUGUGCGAGCAUGUUGCGCUUAAAACUGGGCUGCAGGUGGAUGAAGUUGAAUUAUGGUUGGUAUCGCAGCCAGAAAACAGCAUUUUGGAGGGUGAAAGAACUGCUGAUGCAGCCAAGGAUAACUUGCGUCUUCUAGGAGAUGAAGAAAUUUUGGCUGAACUGAUCAGUAGUGGUGCUGAUGUGACUGUCUGUGGUCAUCUGGUCAUCGCUUACAGGAGGAAGUCACUGAACCCUUCUGUGGAUAGUCCAUAAAUUUUACAGAACGCAGUCAACUGAGUCCUUUGUUUCCUGCUCAAAUAGUUAUAGUAUUUCUUUUAAUGCAUCCCCAUCACAGAAAUGGGGGUUGAACCCUUUUUGUUUAGCGCACAGGAAAUAAAUUAGAACCGCAGACAAACUUCAAGUUUCUUCAUAUUGUUACAAAUACUUUGGGUGAAGCUUUUAUAUACCUCAUGAACUUGUGUUUAGUAAUCUUUUAAGGUUGCUGUGACUUUGUU